UAAUAUAGAAAACAAGUGUUACAAUUUAGAGUUAACUUUACUGUGAGAUAUUUGUGUUCAUAGCAAACAUGUCGCUAAAAGCCGCAAAGGUUCAAUUAAAGACCCGUUAUUUAAUGUUAACGGAUUAUGCUGGCACAAUUGUGGUACGACCAGGCACGAUCGCCGCGACCGUAGCAAGGAGGCAUUUCCGAGAAGCCUACAAAACGUAUGUUUCGGCAUACGAGUCAUUGGUGGCGAGUGAUUCGGAACUUGCAGAGGAGGAAAGACUACUGUACCAGCAGCAAUUUAGCGAGGUAAAUCGACUCCUCAUUCAAUUGGAUGAGGCAUCAGAGGAAGAGGAGUCCGGGAGGCCCUCAACCUCAAAACAUCAAGGUAAGGUCAAACUUCCGUUAGUUCAAUUGCCUACAUUUUCAGGCUGCCUAGCUGAAUGGCUGUCAUUCUAUGACUUAUUUAUGUCCCUUGUUGAUGCGGGACCGCUUUCCGACGCGGAAAAACACUAUUAUUUAAGGACGUCGUUAAAUAGUGAGGCACUAUCGAUUGUUCAACAUUUGCCUAUGGAUGGCGACAACUAUACAGUUGCCCUGGACCUCCUAAAGCAAAGGUAUCACAACAGCAGGCAGCUGGUAGACACCUUUAUAGGACAGAUCCUAAACCUGCCCAACGUGGGAGGCCCCAAUGUCAAUUUAAGAACCCAGUUUUAUGAUCCUCUCAGAGAGGCCAUCCAGGCGCUUAGGAAACUGAAGCAACCUGUCGAUGAAUGGUCGUAUUUAUUACUGCAUUUAAUUUUACAGAAGUUGCCCCUGCGCGUAAAGACGCUCUUUGAGGAGCGGCACGGGACAGAUCCGCAAGUGCUACCGACCCUUACCCAGCUAGUGUCGCUACUAGAUGAACAAUGCCGGGUGCAGCAGGCGAUCUCCCCUGCAGCAGUGGAACGAACUCCUGCGGCACGCCGGUCACCCACUGCUAGAGGUCGAGGCGGCGCAGCGCCGGCUCACCACCUGGCAGCCCCCCGGGUCCUGGCAGCACAACCGGAACCCAAUGAUCAGACGACACCAGUUUGUCUUCACGGCCGACAUCCGCAUGAUGUUCAGGCAGACGUGGAUACACCCCGACGAUAGGCGCUAUCAGCUGAUCCUGUGGCGUGAGGAUCCGUCGCAGGACCUACAGGUAUAUGAGUUAAAUACUAAUACCUACGGGCUACGGUCAAGCCCCUUUGUCGCAAUAAGGACGCUAAUACAAUUAGCCAAUGAUUGGCAAGCUCAGCAUCCAGGCUCCCCAGCUGCAGACGUCGUGCGACGGCAGGUAUAUGUUGAUGACGUACUGGCGGGAGCAGAGUCAAUUGCGGAGGCCCAGCAGCUAAAAUCGGAGCUCACAGAUCUCAUGAGCAGUGCUGGGUAUGAACUUAGAAAAUGGUCGUCCAACUGUCGCGAGUUACUGCAGGACCUACCACAGGAAUAUUGUGAGAUACCUCAUCAAUUCGACGCAGAAGAUAAGAGCCUCAUAAAGGUAUUAGGCAUCCAAUGGAACCCGAUAAACGACACAAUGUCAUAUCAAAUCAACGUACCCCUAGGGCAAGCGAUAACCAAGCGAAGCGUGUUAAGUACUAUCGCUCGAUUAUAUGAUCCUUGUGGAUACUGUGCUCCCAUCGUCUACAGAUUCAAACUGUUUAUGCAAUCACUUUUUUCAGAUGGAAUGACGUGGGAUGAACCCCUCACGGAGGUUCAAGAAAGUCAAUGGAACGAAAUGGUUCAGGAUUUAAACCAUUUGUCUCACUUACAGAUCUCUCGAUGCGUCGCGCUACCGGGAUCGGUAUCAUAUUCACUCCACGGUUUUGGAGAUGCGUCUGAGAUGGGCUACGGAGCGUGCGUAUACCUCCGGACAGCAGACGCCGCUGGAAACGUCAUGGUACGACUAAUUAUAGCUAAGACUAGAGUUGCGUCGAAAAAGACCAAGCAAACCAUUCCAAAGAAUGAGCUAAACGCGGCUCAUAUGGUUUAUAAAUUGCUGAAUCACGCCGCAGCGGCCUAUGAAGAUGAACUUGAUAUUGACAGCAUAAAUGCAUGGUCCGAUAGCAAGAUAACGUUGUGUUGGUUAAACACUAAGCCACACCUGCUCCAAACAUUUGAAUGUAAUAGAGUACAAGACAUUCAACAGUCGAAGCGACUAAUGACAUGGCGCUAUGUCCGGGGUGAGUUGAACCCGGCCGACGUCGCGUCGCGGGGAACCACAGCGAAAAGGCUCCUCAAGUGCAAGCUGUGGUGGUCACCAGACUGGCUACUCGAGGAGGAAUCUCAGUGGCCAACGAUGCCAGUCACCAUGUCACCUGAGCUGCCAGGGUUCAAACAAUUGGUACAUGUCGUCGCUGAAGAGCAGUCAUGGGAAGACUGCCUACUAUCCAGAGUGAGCUCUUAUAGUAAGCUCAUAAAUGUAACGUCAUACAUUUUACGGUUUUGCAAGAAUAUUCGUUUGCCGAAGCAGCAACGAAACUUGAACCAGACCCUGUCUAUAGAUGAAAAUCGUGCCGCUACGAGCCACUGGAUCAAGAAGGUCCAGUUGGAUGCAUACAAGGGUGAAGCCAUCUUACUGAAAAAAGGAAAAUUAGUAUGCAAGUCUCUCCAGAAAUUAAGCGUCUUCGUAGAUGAAGACCAGUUUAUCCGAGUCGGCGGCCGACUCCGUAAUUCAAGCCUGCGCUAUGAAGCGAAGCACCCAUUGCUUAUUCCGAAGGAUCAUAGAUGGACUCAGUUGUUGAUGCAACAUUAUCACCGAAUACAUUGUCACGCAUCGACAAGUGCGCUGAUUAAUAUAUUGAGACAGCGGUAUUGGAUCCCGUCAGCGAGACGUCAGGUUGCUCGCGUCAUCCACAGCUGUACACCAUGCUUCAGGUUCAGCGCGACCGAGCAGGCGCCGUUCAUGGCCGACCUGCCCGCCGACCGUGUCACGGCCGCGCGUCCAUUUUCCGGCGUUGCAACGGAUUUUGCUGGCCCUUAUCUGGUUAAGGCCAGCCAACUUAGGAAUGCUAAAUCAGUUAAAGCUUACCUGUGUGUUUUUGUAUGCCUAGGUACCAAGGCAGUGCAUCUAGAGCUCGUCUCGUCGCUGAGCACCGAGGCUUUCAUCGCUGCGUUCACACGGUUUGUCAGUCGACGAGGGCUGCCCUCCCUCGUCCGUAGUGAUCAAGGUACGAAUUUUAAAGGUGCUAGCUCAUACCUCCGUGAGGUUAAUCAGUUCUUACUUGACCAUGAAACCGUCCUGGCGGAUGAGUUUCGUCGUCAAGACGUGCGCUGGGAAUUCAACCCUCCAGGCGCUGCCCACAUGUCUGGAUUAGUCGAAGCGGCCGUAAAGAGUAGUAAGAAUCUGCUUAAACGGGAAAUAGGAGAUCGGAUCCUAACCUUUGAAUUACUGUAUACGGCCUUCUGUCGGAUAGAAGCGGUUCUUAAUUCUCGAGCGCUGGUUCCAAUGUCAGAGGAUCCUUGUGACCUGGAAAUUCUCAGUCCAGGUCAUUUUUUGAUUGGUCAGCCGUUAGUUUCAUUACCUGAACCUUCAUGGAAGGACACAAAUAUGUCACGGUUAUCACAUUUCCAAUUUGUACAAGCUAUAACUCAGAAAUUUUGGGCUAAAUAUUAUUUUGAGUAUUUGAACAAUUUACAAUCACGUAAUAAAUGGAAUAGGCAUGUACCUAAUGUUGCAAUUAAUGAUUUAGUCCUAAUUAAAGAUGACAAUACGCCACCUCUACAAUGGCGUAGGGGUAGAGUAAUACAAAUAUUCAAAGGAUCCGACGAUGUUGUCAGAUCGGUAAAAUUAAAAACUCAGGAGGCGAACUCGUUCGUCCUGUUGUUAAAUUAUGUAAAUUGCCCAUGGAACUGUAAUUAAUCAUAAGGAGUAAUUCAUUAUAAAUGUAAAUUGAAAUAUUGCUACUAACGUAUGUCUGUUUGAGUUCCACCAGGGAACCAUUGUAACUAACAACCUAGUAAAUAGUUUACCUUAAGUUUAAUUUCACUGAUGUAAAAAUUGUGUGAAGAUGUAUCUAAUGGUCACAGAUCACUUCUUGCUAGAUGCCACAUGUAGUAUUUGUAUCUGAAUUUUUAAUUUGUUUGUUUUGUUCACUUGAUCUCUAGAACGAGACAAUUGAACAGCUUCAAGUCUUCAGGUCAAUCUCCCCCUGGGGGCCCCAGGAUGUUCAUGCAAUUCGAAGCGCAAUGGCGUUCCGCGCGCCAUCUAGCGAGGCUAGUUGUAACUACGACGUAUCGAGCGACAUCAUUGGUCGUGAUUCAGUAUUGGCUAAUAUAGCAGUGAGUGCUGCCUCUCGCGGCGAGUUGGAGUUUUGAGUUGACCUGUGAGCUUGUAAGAACAAGCACGGUAAAAAUGCGUUGAGAACGAUUUGUAUAAGUUUGCUGUUUUUGUAUCGCGACGCGCGUUAAAAUAGUGUCUAAGGUGUAACUCGUUGCAUUAAAAUAAGUGUUAGUUGA